AUGUUCGAAGAGAUAUCUCCGAAAACUAAUAAAAGCCUCCUGAAAAACUCUUUUAUCGCCCUUUCAGUCAUCGGCUCAUUAUGCUUUGCAGCUUAUUUUAUCUCAUCUGCAAACAGCUCAGCAACUCCAGUAGAUUUCCAAUACAAUCUCGAGCUUGAAGAAUUCAGAUCCUUUGUCUCAAGAUACAACAAAAAUUAUAAGACUGAAGAGGAGUAUUACCAAAGACUCAGAAUUUUCAGAGAUAAUCUCAGCUACAUUCGCGUUUUUAACUCUCAAGGCCAAACUUGGUAUAUGGGGAUUAAUCAAUUUUCAGAUUUGACUCAUGAAGAAUUCAGCACAGCCCAUAAGAAAAAAGUGUCAGUACCAGAACGCUCAAUGUCUAAUGAAAAACCUGUUGCUGCCGCUUCAAAUCUUCAAAUUCCAAGUCAAGUAGAUUGGACUACUAAAGGUUGUGUAACUCCAGUUCAAAAUGAAGGAGAUUGUGGAAGUCCAUAUGCAUUUUCUGCUGUAGGUGCUAUAGAAAGCGCUUGGUGUAUUGCUGGACAUCAGCUUGUCCAGUUGUCUGUGCAAGAAAUUAUCGACUGCUCAGGACCGUUUGGGAACGAUGGCUGCAAUGGAGGGUGGAUGACAAAUACUUACAAUUUUGUGAUAAAGAAUGGAAUCACUAGCCAACAAAUUUAUCCAACAACUGGAAAUCAAGGAAAAUGCAACACAGCAAAAGAAAAGCAAGUUGUCGCGACUAUUUCAGGAUAUGCAAACGUAACUGCAAAUAAUGCUACAGCGUUAGAGACUGCUAUUGCUAUAGGUCCAGUUGCAGUGGCUGUUGAUGCAAUUGAAGCGGGUUGGAGGAAUUACAAAGGAGGGAUUAUUAGCAGCAACUGUGGACAUAGUAUUGAUCAUGCAGUACUUGCUGUGGGAUACAACUUGAAUAAUUCACCACCUUAUUACAAGUGCAAAAAUUCAUGGGGUGCUGAUUGGGGAGAAGCUGGAUAUGUUAGAAUUUCGAUUGCUGCUGGAGCUGGAACGUGUGGAAUUCAAAUAGAUUCGUCAUAUCCAAUAGUUUAA